AUGAACGGUCAUGAAUUUACAUUUGAGGCGGCAGGUCUGUCCUCUCCUAUCAAACAGCAAACUUUCUCUCAAGAGCCACAACUCACUAGUGGGAGAACCGAAAUGACACAACCACGUGUCCUGAAUCCAUCGCCUACGGGUCUUAGACAAUCGCCUUCAUCACCUUCAUUGGCAACAUCAACUAAACUAAUUGAAAAUUUGCACCAACAGAUUGAUCAAUUAACCAACACAAAUAUACAAUUGACGUUACAAUCCCAGAAUCUACUGAGUAAAUUAGAAAGUUAUCAACAGAAGGAAAUCAAGCUGGCAGAAUCACAAUCACUUUUAAUACAUGAACAAGAUAAUCUGGUAUCUAUGAUAAAUAGAAAAGACAGAAGGAUAAACGAUGUUCAGACAGAGUUCCAGGGAUUACAAGCUAAAUAUGAAAUGAUUAAGAUGGAAAAUGAUUCUAAUGAAACUAAGGCUGAAUCUUUUGAUCAAUUGAAGAAAUCAAAGACAGAGGAGAUGGAGAAGUUGAGGUUACAAUAUGAUACAAUGUUAGAAUCCCAAUUACAUUAUAGGGACCAUUAUGUUGCCGAAUUGGCUUCAUUAUCCCAAGAAAUCGAGGAAUUUCAAAAGAGUAGAGGAAAAACGUUAAAGGAUGCGUUAUCAAAGGAAUCCAAGAAUAUUGAGCGUUUAAGAAUUUUAAUGGAGAAGAUAGAGAGCAACGAUAAAACUGACAAGAAUGAAGCCGAGGCAAAAUAUAAGGAAGCUAUUGAUAACUUGAAACUACCAUCAUGGCUUUCCCUUUUUUAUCAGAGCAGAAAUACAUUAUUGGCAUUUGCGGGGAACAACAAUUUAGAGAUUUCCAAAAGCUCGGAUGACUUGAUCAACGAUAAGACAGUGACCGAAUUGGAGAAUAGGUUAAAGGAAGAGCAUGAAAAAUUGGGAAAGCUGAAAGUAUCCAACAGUAGAUUGAGAAAGCCAUCUCCUAAUUUGGCGCAAAAUAUUAAGAGAAGAUCGUUCUAUGGUGCUGGCACGGCGUCCUCAACAAACGUGCUAUUACCGGGAACCCGAUCAACGUCUAGUACCCACACAAGUCCGAACCCAAAUUCAUACAGUGAGAGCAGACGUAUUCUAAGGAACAGUAGCACCGUGAAAUCAAGUAUAUAA